AUGAGGGUGCAUAAAGGCACGGCGGUCAAUGCGGCAUGGUCACCGCUACUUGACGUAGUUGAGGUCAUCUGCACUUUUGAAAGUGAUGGCCGAGUGUUCUAUGGCGUAGUUACAGAGAUUCCUCACCCCUUCGUGUGGGAUUGGCUAGAUUAUCGCCAAGUUUUAUGGGUCUUUGACGAUGGAGACUGUGUCAAAGUAUGGCAAGAAUGUGUGGAUCGACCUCGGCUGAGCAAUCCUGCUUGGACGUCAUGUCUUCACUCUAUUGUGGGUUGCUAUGAGACUGAUGGCGGCUAUGUUCUCUACGCCGUCAAGUGGGACGGCUACGCAUGUCCGACGUGGGAAGCGGAAGAAGACAUGUCAAGGUACGUCGACCUAUUGGCGGAGCACGAUCAGACUUGUAAGUGCAGGCAAAGAUCGUAA